AUGGGACAUCCAGAAAGUGAUCACCGAUCUCCUUUUUCCGGUUCCAGCCACCCUCAUAUCCAACAAGAUUCGACUGAUCCCCAGCUAUUGCAUACCCCACAAACAAGUUAUGCUCACGCCAUGCAACCAGGAUCACAGGUUCCAUCCCAAAACCCGCAUGCAAUUCCCCUUGAUCCCGUACAACCUAUGCAAUUUCUACCUCAGCCUGGGCAUGGGAAUUUGUCACACACAACUCAUUCAUCAGGACAACACCUACAAUCAAACCCGGUGCAGUACCCUGCCCAGCAAGCACAGUUCAUUCCCCAACACCAGCAGACUAAUGUGGCUUGUCAUGCUCAUCAGCCAACAUAUAACCCGGCUCAGCCUGUUCCGGCCAGCUAUCACGUUCAAUCAACUAAUUUUCAACCAUCUCCAGCGGCUAUGCAAUAUGUUCCUGUUCAUCAAGCACACGCUACAAUGGUUGUACCCCUUCAGCAAACUGCGCCAGUAAUCAUGGUGCAGUCACAGCCACGCGUUACUACUGUGGGCACAGAGGCUUGGACCACUGGGUUAUUCGAUUGCAUGGAUGAUCCCACCAAUGCUCUUGUAACGUGUUGCGUCCCUUGCUUGACCUUUGGACAAGUUGCUGAGAUCGUGGACAAUGGCCAUACAUCAUGUGGGACAAGUGCACUAGUUUAUGGAGCGAUUGCAUGUCUCAUUGGGUGCCCUUUCUUGAUAUCAUGCACUUACCGAACCAAGCUUCGCAGCAGAUAUGGCCUUGUUGAGUCCCCCGCCCCAGACUGGGUUGUCCAUUGUCUUUGUGAUUUCUGUGCUCUCUGCCAAGAAUACAGGGAGCUCCAAAACAGAGGCUUUGACCCUUCAAUAGGUAACUGA